AGGGCCCCCGUACGCUGCUUUGCCGCUCUGUUGAUACGGCCGCCAUUGUUUGAGGAUUUUAAAUCGUUGAAACUUCGCAAAAAUCAUGAAAUAAGUUCAGACAUUUAUCCAAGUCAUGGCAGACAAGUCCAAAUCCAUAAUGAAGAAACCGGACAUUAUCAAAAGCGAGGCGAUGGAUAUUGACGAGAUUCAAUCGAACGAAAGCGACGGUGAAACGGGUCAGUUCACUGAGCUAGUGACCAUUUUAUACGCUAGUCAUUUAGCUAUAAAUAAAGCUUAUAUAUUUCUAAAUAUUUACAGAACAUGGCAUGAGAGUUGGAGAAGAAUAUCAGGCGGUUGUACCAGAGUUAAUUAUCGGCAAGUCUCUUUGAAAUUUUUGUUCAACUGUUUAAAUUUUUCCUCCGAGGUCUGAGGUCGGAAUCGCUCGUGUUGCCCCGAUACGAUAUAUUAAUAUCGUCUGAAAUCGCUUCGUUUAUGCCGUUUGUUUAAAAUUUGUGGUUUUGGUAAGGAUUUUGUUUCAAAAUAUUGCUACCAAGGUGAAAUCUCCACUUGCUUAGAGAUUGGGUAAAUGAAUAUUUCAUAUUUGAUAUUUGAAGAUAGCAAUUCGUUCAAAGAUUUCUAUUAAAUAUUAAUACAAAAGAUAGAUGUAUGUUAAGCUUUUUGUUAUGUUGAUUGGAAAAUAAUGCUUCUACAUUGAUGAAAAGAAAAACGAAACUCCUGUGAAAAAUAUAAAAAAGUUUUGAUUUUGGUUAAUGUUUUCCUGCCUGGGUUCUCUGUGGCAUUUAUUCUCCAGUGACCUCUGAAUAUAACUGGAGCAGUAUCUUGGAUAGUUGGGUUUUUGCACUUUGUAGCAGCAGAUGCUUAUAAUGGGCAUCGUGAAGUUGUUCCCUAACAAUUGCGUUAAGCUAACCCCAUGCAUUUGUGCAUUAUGUCCAUCACAAAAGUAGUCUUGUCCAGAUAAAAUCUUUGUUGCGACCAUUGUGUCUAGGAUGCUAGAACAUUCCAGACACUGGAGCCACAAAAUAGACAAUUCCAGCAAAAUAAAAUAUAUCAUUAUAGCUCAAAAGAGCAUCCUAAAAUUAGUAAAAUUGCAAAGUUUGGUUGCGAAAUGUUGUAAAAUACGGAAAAUAUAGCGCUGUCAAAUUGGCAAAUUUUGAGCAUUUUAGUAUUACACAUGGUAAAAAUAACUACCUUCAGCUCAAAAAUGAUUAUUCUUACUGCAUGUAAUACUAAAAUGCUCAAAAUUUCCUAAUUUCACAGGGCUAUAUUUUCCAUAUUUUACAACAUUUUGCAACCAAACUUUGCAAUUUUACUAAUUUUAGGAUGCUCUUUUGAGCUAUAUGACUGUUUAGUGAGUUCCAAAACAAAGAGAAAUCUAGUUCUUCUGGAAAAAUAAUGAAGUCUUCUGAAAUAUUAUUUCUCGCAUUUCGAAAAUAUGUUGCGAUAAGUCAUUCUAUAAAUUGUCAUAAUGUAACUUCAUAAAAAGCUUGAGACAGACUAUUACGUUGCUAGAAACAGUAUGUUUAUGAUAUUAAAACCAUUUUUAGACAAAGACAAGUAUGAACCAUCCCAUAAGGCAUUGUUGGUUUGGUCUCCAAAUGCACACAUUACUGAUGAAAAAUGUAAGUUCUUGAACAUUUUUUAAAAAUACUAAAAUUAAUAUAUCCUUUGAAUUUGAAUUAAUAACAAUUUUUAUUACAUUGACAAAAUUUGAACUAAAUAUAAUUAAUUUAUUUUUCUCAGUGGAUGAGUAUUUACAAAGAGCAAAAGACAAACAUGGUUAUAAUAUGGAACAGGUAAAAACAUGCUUGUAGUAAGAAUAUGAAAACUUGACACAAAUCAAAAUAAUUUUCCUUCCAAAAUGCUGAUAUGUUUUAUUACUGAAGUGUUUCAGUCAUGUGUAGAGCAGAAUAAUUUGAGGAUAAUUUAUAUUAAUUUAAUGGACGUACAAUGUGAAACAGUAUUUUGUAUUGCUGGACAUGAAAUUGUGAAUGUGUGCUUUAAGAACACUAUCAUUUACUAUUAUUUCAUAAUUUCUCAUUUAAAGGCUCUUGGAAUGUUGUUUUGGCACAAACAUAAUAUUGAUCGAUCACUUACAGACUUGGCCAAUUUCACACCAUUUCCUGGUAGUACUACUUCAUACUUUGAUUAUAGUAUUUGUAUAGUUAGUACUUGUAUAGUACAGUAUGUAUUGGAUUGUCUGAGUAAAGUACUGUUAGGUCUUGGUAGAGGUUUUUGAAGUGCAAAGUUUAUCCACACAUAUACAUGUGUGCAUUCCCCUCCCCAGUCUAUAGGGCAACACCCCAACCUCUGAAGGGACCCCCCCCCCCUUACCCAGACAAAAUCAGGUUCCCUCUCCCUAAGAGAAGUUAGAUUCUUCCCCCUGGAAGAAGUAUUCUUCCUUUUCCGAGAGGUCACCCACCUCCCUGAAGAAGUCCGCUCCCACCUUCCCCUGAACAAAUUAGCUCCUCCGUCUCCCCUUGGAGAAAUAUGCUCCCCCAGAAGGAGUCAGCUCCCCUCUUUCCAGAGAAAAAGUCCCCACCUUCCCUUCUGUAGAAAAAAUCAACUCUGUAGAAAAAACCUAACUCUCUAGUGGAAGCCAGCACACACCCCCACCCCCCAAAAUAAUUCAAAGUUUGAUUAAAGCAAUGGCCAUGAAAGGGAGAAUCCUUAUUUGUGCCCUCACCCAGUUCAAUCACCCAAACCGUUUGUUUACCUUGCCCAGAGUAAGAAUAUAAUUGUUUGUUGUAGAUGAAUGGAGCAUGGAAGAUAAAGUCCUGUUUGAACAAGCCUUUAAUUCACAUGGAAAGUCAUUUAAGAAACUUCAACAAAGUGUAAGCUUUGAUUAGUUUGAUGUAAUCAUUAUCACAAAGCUUCCUCAAUAAAACUCUGUAUGAAUGUGCCAAGGCUUCAACAACUUACUAUAAAAAUUAAAAUUUCUAAAGCUUUUAAUUCACAUGGAAAGUCAUUUAAGAAACUUCAACAAAGUGUAAGCUUUGAUUAGUUUGAUAUAAUCAUUAUCACAAAGCUUCCUCAAAAAAAUACUGUAUGAAUGUGCCAAGGCUUCAACAACUUACUAUAAAAAUUAAAAUUUCUAAAGCUUUUUAUUGUGUUCAAUUUUCAGCUGCAAGACAAGUCAAUCAGUAGUUUAGUGAAAUUUUAUUAUUCAUGGAAAAAGACGAGAAGUCGAACAAGUUUGAUUGACCGUCAGGCAAAACGAGUGUCACUUCAGCGUGAUCAGAGGUACUUGGCAAAGGCAAAUAAUUUAUGUGAUAACAGUGACCAGUGUUUCUUUUUAGGACAUUAAAGGCCUGUUUAAUUAACGUUCCUCAAACUCAAUAUUCAUUUAAGUUUUGAAACUCAAUCAUUUCAUCAAAAGAGAGCGUCCACCGGUCCACGCUCAUGGAACUAAAAUACGUUAAACAGCGCUGUGCUAACACUUUAAUAUCAAAAUAUUUCUUUCAGUGACAAUGAUAGUGAUAAAUCUGAUACCAGCGACAGCGAUUUUGAACCUGAAAAGGAGGUUAGAAUUGCAUAAUAGGCUAUGUUCAUUUCAUAAUUUCGCUUGAUACAUUCAAGAACAUUUUUUGUAACUUCACAAAAUGUCCCUUUUUAGGGUCGUUCAAAUGGAGGACUUAAGCGAAGUCUGCCUGGAAAACAAGUGAGUACAAUUUAAGUUGAGUAAUUUCAAAUCAUUUCUAGCGUUUGUUCACGUGUCAAGAAAUAACUUUGGAGCCGUUUGAGUAGUUGAAAAAUACUAAACUGAAGAGAAGUCGACCUAAUUGAUGAACGACGUUUUUAUUCUCAUUAGAAUCCACCACCACAAAUCGUACCAGCAAGUAUUUGUGCCAACUGUGGUACCCAGGCAGGGCAGAUGCAUACCACGCCCAAAGGAAUCAUGUGUAAUGCUUGUUAUCAGUUCUGGAGGUAUGCUCUAUUCUGUGUUAACAUCGUUGUACAUUGAAUUCUGUUGCUUGUUGAUAGGUUCGUAGGUUCGAUUCUCACCGUGGUCAGGCAUAUUUUUCAAGCUUGCCCGGUGUGGAUAUACACUCAGAGUAACAUCGCAAGCAUCAUAUUCACCUGAGUACAUUACACCAACACAGAAAAAAUCUUAAUUCAUAUUAUAGGAGAACAGGAAUUAUGAGAUCAAGAUCUUCUAAUCAUGCGAAGAGCGACAGCCACAAUGCUCGAUCUCAAGGGAAAGGGAAGCGAAAACCGCCAAAGGUUUGAGAUAUAUCCAUCACUAAACAUGCUUAGAAACUUUCAAGUUUCCAUUAAAGACAAACUUAGUGAUUGGUUAAUUACUUGAUCAAAUGAGGCCUUCUGAGUGGUUAGGUGGAAAACGCGGACAUGCAGACAUGCGGACCCGCAUGUCCGCGUUUUCCACUUGACUUGCGUGUCCGCAUGUCCGCGUUUUCCACCUAACCCUUCUGAGUGGCCACAAAAUUUGAGUUCAAUCAUCACAUUUAGCUGGUAUUGGAAUAUUUCAAAUAUAUGGAUGUUAAAAUAUCCAUGCUUGGCUACCAAUUGCCCGACUUGCGCUUUAGACUAAAUUUUAAUCUAAGUAGGAACAACGAAAUCUAUCACCACAGCUAGAAAGAGCGUCUUGGAAUUAGUAAUAUUACAAAGUUUGGUUGCGAAAUGUUGUAAAAUACGGAAAAUAUAGCCCUUCAAAAUUGGCAAAUUUGUAUACUUUUGUAUUAUAUACGUGCGUGAAUUGGUAACUAAAUUAGUUACCAAUUUCCGCACGUAAUAGAAAUGUAUACAAAUUUGCCAACUUCGCAGGGCUAUUUUUUCCGCAUUUUACAACAUUUCGCAACCAAAUUUUGCAGUUUUUCUAAUUUUGAUAACUUCAUUCCGAAAAUAUCCUUUGUUAGUCCCAGAUUAAAAAUUUUUCUAAAGCGCAAGUCCUCCAUUGCCCGACGAAGUGCCUUCGCUCGAAACGUCGAAGUUCUCCUUGUAUUUUCAGGUAGUUGUAUCCCUAUCAAUCCGAAACUUUCAAGAUUAUUGCCACGACCUGCACUGACACAAACAGUUCAAGAUUAUAUGUCAGUUAGCUAUAUAAUUUGUUUCUCCGUCUUACAGGGUAUGACCAUUACUCAAGAAUCGUUGCUUGUUGUCAGUGGUUUACACAGUAACGCUCACUUGCGUCCUUUAGACAUGGAUAUCAUCAACCUGAAACGUCAGAUCCAGACUAACAAACAGAAUAUUAGUCAGGAUAGAUUUGAUCUGCAGGUUGGCAUUAAUGAUGUGCGUGGUCUCGAGGUACGAUUCAUUUUAUUCUAUUACAAAAUGUUUACUUGUACUUGUACAUCCCGUGUUUAUGGAGUGCAUUGAAGAACAGACCAGGCAGAAAUGUACUGUGGUUUCAAAAUUAAAAAUCUAUAUUUAAAAUUAUAACCAUCCGUUGUUAACUACAGAGGUGUUACUACAGAAGGAAACCUUAUACAGGGUUCGUACGGGUCCUGGAAAACCUGGAAAGUCAUGGAAUUUCAAUACUCCAAAACCUAGGACUAGAAAUCGUGGAAAAUCAAUUUUUGUCAUGGAAAGUCAUGGAAAAUUGAAAUUUUACAUAACAUUAACAAAGUAUUUUACUUAUUUCAAUUUACCUGUUAUAACAAUAAUAUGAAUUGCUGUUAUAUAACGGAUUUAUGGAAGAGCGAAGUGAAUUUUGUCUUUUAUUAUACCUGUUAUCGUUAAAAUAUAAACGAAUUUCAGAAAUUCCAGACGUCCAGGUCAUGGAUUUUGAAAAAAAGGUCAUGGGAAGUCAUGGAAAAGUCAUGGAAUUUUAAGUGGGAGAAGGUGUACGAACCCUGCUUAUAACACCCGUAGAAAAAUCGGGGAAAGCACUCUUCUUAUUUGCAACUGAGGUGAAAUUAUCGUAUAGUGUAGCAGAGACCAUAGGGAUGUUCUGUAUUACAGUAAGUUUAUUUUUUCCUGCCAACAGCCCAGUUUGAAGAACAACGCAAGAUGGAGCAAUGAAGAACUCACUUUAGCUGUUCAGUGUAAGUUUACCAUUAUUUCCUCCGAGUUGUAUUAACAUUCCUUCCAAGAUUUUCUGUUUAAUGGUGAAUCAUGCAUGUUAUUCAGCUUGUCUACAGUAAAAGACUCUCAUUCUGAUUUUUACGAUGCAACAACAGUCUCCUAAACAUAAACCUUUUCCGAUUUCCAGCUGUCCGUCGUUACGGCAAGGACUUUCAAGCGAUGGCGGAUGUCUUACAAAACAAGACUGUCAGUCAGUGUCGUAACUUCUACGUGAACCAUCGUAAACGUUACGACCUUGAGCAAGUGUUAGAGGAUUACGAAACCGAACAGGGGAUUGUGAGAACAGAUAAGAAAGAUGGUGAUCAAGUACCAUCUCCAGACUCUGGUGGUUCGUCAGUACCAUCACCUGGUACUACUGUUCAAGGUAUGGUAUGAUGCAUGGUGUCUCAAUAUGCUGGUUUAUGGGUUGGUUUAAUGCAGUUUAACGUGCACCCUACCGUAGCAUCCCCCUCCCCUGGAGAAGUCCAGUACCACCCAAAAAAAAGUCUGCUUAAUAGACAACUUGCAUGUUAGACCAAUUUUUGAUUUAGGCAAAAAAAAGUAAAUUCCUGUAAAGAACUUAUUAAAAUCAGUAAAAUUGCAAAAUUUGGUUACGAAAUGUUGUAAAAUACAGAAAAUAUAGCCUUGCGAAGUUUGCAUAUGUUCAGUAUAUUUGUAUUACGUGCGGAAAUUGUUACCAUUUUUGAGCCGAAAAUGCUAACAAUUUCCACACGUAAAUACAAAUAUACUGAAAAUAUGCAAAUUUCGCAAGGCUAUAUUUUCUGUAUUUUACAAAAUUUCGCAACCAAAUUUUGCAAUUUUACUAAUUUCAUUAUUUUCUUUUUAACUGUUGUGUUUUAUUCCCUUCUCUUUACUUAGAUUAAAAUUUAGUCUAAUAUGCAAGUUGUCCAUUAACCGUACAUUUUCUGCUUUUCGAAUAACGAUUAGCGGAACUUUCUUGAAACAAUUUCAUUGCUUUGGUUAAAUAUUUUGUUAACGGGAAAAGUAGAAGCCACCUUUUUGACCUUUUGAUCAGGUUUGCUUGUCGAGUUAUUUUGGUGAACAAAAUAAAAUGUUGUGUGUGUUUUUCCACAGGCAAUCCUCCGCCUUUAACAAAACCAAGUCCAGUCUCAACUCAAUCAAUGUUUAGCAACCCAACACCAUAUCGAAAUAAUGUACCAAGCACUGGUCUUUCUGUUCCACCUCCGCCACUCAUUAAACCUACACCAAUGAAUUAUCCUGUACAGGUAAGACCAUAUCAUAUCUACUAAACAUAUGAAUUCUUUAAGCCUCGUUCACAGUAGCGAUUUUGUCCGUGAUUUUGUCUUUCUGAUGGAUGCAAAUAAGUGAACUCGCACACAAAAGUAUAGAGUCACUUUUCAGAAGUAAACUUCGCUCGAAACCUUGGCAGGAUGAGAUCGUCCAUAGGCAUACCGGGGGGGGGGGGACUUGUCCUCACCCACCCCCCGACCGCCCCCUAAUAUUUUCCUCCCGUGCGCUUUGAGACCAGCAACAACAACGUGGACUGUUUUUCUUUGAUUAAAUGGUAUUUAUUCAUUCUCAUUUUCUCCUAGGUUUUGUUACCGUCCGGAGUCUCGUCCCCACCGCCACAGCUGGUGAGCCAAGACUCCCCAUAUGUUCCCCCACACUCAGGAACCACGCCACCGCUUCGUCCAACCAAAGUCUAAACUUGGAUUUUUUGAUUAACUAACAGUUUUGAUAAGAACAAUCGAUUUUUUCAUAUUCUGAUAAUCAGUGUUAAUAUUUAUUUCAGAGCUAUAUGUGAUAGGAAUUUUAAGACUGAAAGAUUGAUGACUACCCAGGAUCACAUGUUUUGUAAAAUAUCUUCGCACGAUGCAUCCGUUCAGAGUUCCAACUGUGCAUCCAAAUAUCGCAUCCUGAGUGGGGGGAAUAACAUUGCAGUUGAAUCAUAGCAUGCAGCUGAGACUAGGAGAUUUGAAUCAAAGUCAACUGUUCCAUCGUUUCCGUUUAAGAUAUAGCCACAAUAGAUCUGUGGGUAUGAUCGAUUUUUAUAUCCUUAUACUAUUUUCUGUAUAAAGCAAAAUUAAGAAAGAUUAAAGAUGCACAAUAAGGGAAUAUUAGAGUAACUUUAAGCGGUUCAAUGGUGCUGAAAAUGUUUUGUGUCACAUGGUUUUCAAGAGAGGUUUUGGUCUAGACUAAGUUGCUUGAUAGGCAGUCUGGUUGGUUUAUACUGGUUAAACAAUUUGAAACUGUCAAACCCUGCUAGUAUGCUUAUGUUUUCUUAUUAUCUAUGGUGUUUUAGUUGGGAUACAGCACACGGUAGUAUGUUCUGAUAUUCUCACCAGCAUCGUGCUAACGUUGUCAAACCGCUGAAGGUUUACCGCUAAACAGAGGAGUUUAUUGAAACGAAUUAAAAACAAAAAUGU